GUUCUCAAAGCCGAAUCUCAAGUUGUAGCUGGAGUAAAAUACGUUUUUGAAGUACUUUUUGGUGAAUCGAAAUGCAAGAAAGGGCACGUUGCUGCCCACGAACUUUCCGCAGCUAAUUGUGAGCUGAAGGAAGAUGGAAGGAAAAUGCUAUAUAAAGUGGAGCUCUGGGAGAAACCGUGGGAGAACUUCGAGCAAUUCAACGUUGAAAAGAUUCGGGAUGUUGAACCUCAUGAAAAUCUGUAA